UGACAGCAUGACGGCGUAAUAUUUUGACAUUUGAAACUGGUAGUAAUUGGGGCUUCUCAACUUGUAGGUUCAUAAUUUUAUUUUGAAGAUUAUAUUUCGGUAAAUAUGGAAGAAAUCGGUAUUGUACUUCCUGAAAAGGAUGACCAAGUUACGGAUACCAAGGGACUCGCUUUUACGGGCCCCCAGUCAUUUGAAGAAUUGGAGUCUGAAGAUUUAUACACUAAAUAUAAGAAGCUGCAGCGAAUGUUAGAGUUCCUGGAGGUGCAAGAGGAGUACAUAAAAGAUGAACAAAGAAAUCUCAAGAAGGAAUACCUUCAUGCGCAAGAAGAAGUGAAGAGGAUUCAAUCUGUGCCUCUAGUCAUUGGACAAUUCCUUGAAGCUGUUGAUCAGAAUACUGGAAUCGUUGGCAGCACAACUGGAUCAAAUUACUAUGUGAGAAUUUUAUCUACAAUCGAUCGUGAGUUGUUGAAACCUUCAGCCUCAGUUGCACUACACAAGCACUCAAAUGCUCUUGUAGAUGUUUUACCUCCAGAAGCUGACAGCUCAAUCUCUAUGUUGCAAGCUGAUGAGAAACCUGACGUCCAAUACUCAGACAUUGGAGGUAUGGACACACAGAAGCAAGAGAUUCGAGAGGCAGUUGAAUUGCCACUCACACAUGUGGAGUUGUACAGGCAAAUUGGUAUUGAACCACCAAGGGGUGUGCUUAUGUAUGGACCACCAGGUUGUGGCAAGACUAUGUUAGCAAAGGCUGUUGCCCAUCAUACAACAGCUGCGUUUAUCCGCGUAGUCGGUUCAGAGUUCGUGCAGAAGUACCUGGGAGAAGGGCCUCGCAUGGUACGUGACGUGUUCCGUCUCGCCAAAGAGAACAGCCCGGCCAUCAUAUUCAUAGAUGAAAUUGACGCUAUUGCCACCAAAAGAUUUGAUGCUCAAACUGGUGCAGACAGAGAAGUACAGAGAAUUCUACUAGAAUUGCUUAAUCAAAUGGAUGGUUUUGAUCAAACUACUAAUGUCAAAGUUAUUAUGGCGACUAACCGUGCUGAUACAUUGGAUCCUGCACUACUCAGACCCGGUCGUCUUGACAGAAAAAUCGAAUUUCCUCUGCCUGACAGACGUCAAAAGCGUCUGAUCUUCUCUACUAUAACUGCAAAGAUGAACCUAUCAGAGGAAGUUGAUCUGGAAGAGUUCGUGGCGCGUCCAGAACGCGUAUCCGGCGCUGACAUUAACGCCAUCUGCCAGGAGGCUGGCAUGCACGCCGUGAGGGAAAACAGGUACAUCGUGUUGCCGAAAGAUUUCGAAAAGGGCUACAAAAACAACAUCAAAAAAGAUGAAAGUGAAUAUGAAUUCUACAAAUAAGUGAUUAUAUAUAAAAUAUUACCUAUAUUUUGUCCUUGAUGUAUUUUAAUGAUCGAAAUAAACGUUCAAUUCUUAUCUGUA